CCAAAGCGCCUUCCGCCGCCUGGACUUCUGCACGCGGACUUCCUUCUGAUGGUCUAGGGCGCUCCGGUAUAUUUUGGCAGCAUUCCAUAGUUGCAAGCCUUUUACAAUCUUCUCUACUUUACCAUUCAAAGAAAUGCGAUUGUAGUUGCCAACGUCGGCAUAGACAACGUGGAGGUGUGUUCGUUGACUGGUUUCAGUGCAUUCGCACUAGCAUGUCGUUAGCUAUGCUACACGAGUAGCGUUUGCUUAUUUUUCGUCUGGAGUGUUUGACAGCACUAAUGCAAGAAAACUUUUCUUGCAGACAAGCCCAAUUCCAAAUUGAUUUUGAACUGAAACUCACAGAAGUAAUUUGACAGCGGAUGAAUAGAUAACCGCGCGUAUAACUAGCCACAUAGCGUAGAUAAUUUAGAAGUUAGCUAGCGAGAACUGUGGUCUUGUAUGUAUACAUCACAUCUGCUGUCUAACGGUUAGAACAAAAAAGCUCACAGUAUGGAUCAAGAGGGUCAGAAAUCUCCGUCGGGGCCAUGUGUGGACCGCUCAACACUAGUAUCUGAGGACGGGAAGAACGUCAAAUCGGUAUUGUGCCAACGAUGCGGUUCCAAGGUGCUGUGCCCAGGGUCCGCGCAGUUCGCAGAGAGGGAGCUGUUUCUCCCGUCCAUGCGGAAAAAGACCAGUAUUACCCAGUCAGAAGGCUCAGUGGACGGGGACACUCUGACAGACCAUUGGGUGGUCGAUGACAUGUACACCUUCGAGAACGUAGGCUUCACCAAGGAUGUGGGGAGAAUAAAGUACCUCAUUUGUGCAGACUGUGAAAUCGGACCCAUCGGCUGGCACUGUUUAGAUGACAAGAAGAGCUUCUACGUGGCCCUGGAGAGGGUUAACCAUGCCUAAGGUGGGGGUUUGACCCCCCCACCCGACCCCCACACCCAGACUCGCAGGGUGACCCCAUCUGUCAGGUCCUAGUGAUCGUCCUGAGAGCAGUCCUGCUCUGGAGGGCUUCUAGCCUUUGACCAGUCAGCAGCCCAGCUCAGGAUAUAUGUUUCUGCCUUGGCUGUAUCCAUACGGUGCCUGGUCCCUCCAUGAGCAGCUGGCUGGCUUUGUAAUACUGUAAUGUUGUCAUACUUAUAGAUUAUUUAUCUGCUUUCCCAGCUAGCCGUGUGCAAAUGCUGAUGUGUUUCUUCUGUCUUUCUCAAUUUUAAUCUUUAAGGACGUUUCCAUGGUCCUGUUUUGGUUAUGUGGUAACAUUUGUAUCAGCUGUUGAGUCAUAAGAUGAAUAUGUGAUGCCAUUGGAUUGAGGUUUAAUGACCCUGUGAUCUCACCUGGAGAUGCAUGUUAACAUAAUAUAUAACCCUGUCACCUAUCCAGUCAUUAACCUAGACACUCUAUGGCAGUUACAGUGGGGGAAGGAUCUCAUUUUGUCAGUUAUUGGCUGCCAGUCUUCCUUUAAGUCAGCCUCACUUAACAGAAAUCUAAAAUACACUUUACAUUACUUUUAACUCAUUGAAAUAAAAUAUGUGCUUAAAAUGUG